UAACUUAUUAUCUGUGAUUGCAAACAGACCGAGUCUGUGUUACACUGCAGUUUAAACUCAACAUUUGGACAGUCAUAAGCAGAUAGGAAACUUUCGACCAAGUGUUAAGUCCCUAAGCCCACAAGUGAAAUAGUUCAAAUAAGGUAAGGAAGUUAAGUACAAAAAAAUCUUGAAAGGAAUAUCUUUCUCCAGACAAUAUUCUCGAACUUGAGGAAUAAAACAGUUCAUAAAUCAGUCAUCAAACAAUUCCUUGCGUCAUCCAUGCUUUACCUUGAGAGGAAAGUAGACGGGAAGUGUGUGCUGUUUAACAUUGUUGAACGCACGCGGAUUACCUGAGUGAUAAAUUAAGAGCGGCUUCAGCUUAAACCCUGUAAUGUUACUGCCAAGCAGCAGAGUUUGCCUAUCCUUAAAUGCUUGAAAUCCCGGCAUGUUUUUUGGAAUAUAAGGGCGUGCUGUCAUCUGUUUCCGAAAUUAUCCAGUUUCAUCAACAUUGGAAAUCUGCUCCGCUAUAUAUCCGUCACUUGCAAUUAAUUCAUCCAGAAUAUCUACACACUUACGUGUUCCCUCCCCAUCCGCACUCGCUGCUUCUCCAGUCACUCGAACAGUAUGCAUUUGGAAUCUUUUCUUGAAUCUCUGGAAUCAUCCAGUUUUUGCUACAAACUCUUGACUGUAGUCUUCUCCAACACGCUCCUUCAGAGUCUGAAAUAGUCUUCUAGUCUUCAUCUGCACAGUAAAAAGACUCAAUGGUGUCCGUUUUUUGAAUUUGAUCGUCCAUCCAAAUAUUUAGCAAUGUCUCCAUUUCGUGGACGGGUCCGCUUCGUGGCUUUGUUAUAACUAUUGAUCGCAUGGGUGCAGAGCCUUUCACAGCUUCAAUCAUUAUUUCUUCAUCUUUCAAAAUCGUCGAAACAGUAGUGUGUGAUAACUUCAUAUCACGUUCUAUCUUUCCUUCUUCGUACAGUGAAAUUACCGUCAUUUUCGUGUUGAGAUCGGUGGCCUUUCUUUCCUUCUUAACAGGCUGAGGCGAUGCCAAGACAAUUUCCUCUUGGGAGACAUCUUGGCAGAUGGGAUUUUAAAUGUUCAACCUCUGAAGAGCUCUCCAAUCAACAAGCUUUUAGCCACGCUUGGGAAAGUCUAUUUAUUGAGUGUGACCGUGUUAGUUCUUAGAAAUUGAUGACGCUGGCUAGCAGCAUAGCAUCAUCAUGUCAACAUGCCUCCCUUUCUUUAGUUGACGGCCGCCGAUGAUUGCAGAAAACGCCGUUAGACUGAUAAUUGAGGCAGAAAUAAAUCUAAAAUCUUACAUGGCUAGUGAUUGUGGUCACAGAGUCCAAAGGUCGUAAUUUGCAUAGGUCGUACAUCGAGCACUAGCUGUAGAUGUGAACAAGUCAUAUUUUAUGAAACAAACAUGCGCGUUUUUGUGUGUUAAAAUCGAAUGUGUCUUCUUCUUCUUAUAUUUGAGGUGCCCACGAUCAAUUUGUUGAUCAUUCUGGCUCCUGGUUUAAAUUCAGAGUUUGCCUUCUCUUAGAUGGGUUGCCGUCCAAGGCUAGCGAGUCCCAUCUACCCGGGGUGCUUGGGAUGAUUUGCUUUUGGUGGGGAUUGAACUCCAGACCACCAGCUGUUUGGUUUGAGACCGUUUAGACCGCUCGGCCACCCAGCACCCAGUGUAUUCUUCUAUUUAAAAUGUAUACUUUUGUUUUCGCAUCGUCACUCUCAACAGAGCAAUAGAAAAUUUGCGUGAAAACAGAAAUUAAGAUUAAGUUAAAAAAGAAAUUUUAAUAUGGUAAAAUAUUGGAGUCUAUAUUUAAAUUCUAUCUAUUUUCGAUUACUUCUUUGUAAUUCAACCAGCCACUCAACAUCUCAGCCAGUCACCUACUCUCACUCCCUCUCUCGUUCUCUCUCUCACUCAACCACCCACUCACCCAGUCACUCACCUACCCAAUCUCCCACCCACUCUCCCACUGCUCACCCAUCACUCAUCCACCCACUCACACAUCCACGCUAUCACCCACCCAUCACUCACCCUUCUCCCACCCGUCCAAUCACUCACCCAGCAACUCUCACACCCACUCUCCCACCUCUCACCCAUCACUGAUCCACCCACUAACUCGCACACUCACCAAACCACCCACUCUCCCACCCACUCACUCACUCUCCCACACACUCUCCCACCCACCCAUCAGUCACCAAUUCUCCCACACGUCCGCUCACUUACCAACCCACUCACACACCCACUCUCCGAACGCUCACUCAUCACUCACCCACCUACUCACACACCCACUCUCCCACCGCUCACUCAUCACUCACCCACCCACUCACCCAACCACCCACUCAUCACUCACCAAUUCUCCUACACGUCCGCUCACUUACCCAACCACUCAAACAUCCACUCUCCCACCGCUCACUCAUCACCCACCCACCCACCCACUCACCACCCACUCACACACACACUCACCCAACCACCCACUCUCCCAAUCACCCACUCUCCCAACCACACACUCUCCCAACCACCCACUCUCCCACCCACCCAGCCAUCACUCACAUAUCAAAUUACUCACCCAUCACUCCUAUCCGCAACUCAACCACCCCUCAUUUUCUAUCUACGCCACUGCCAGUGGCGUAGCCAUAAUUUGACGUAAAAACAGUGAAAAUUCUAUUGUUAAAAUCCCACAUCCAGAGACAUAACUGGACCUUUAAGGCACAGAUGUUCCCGGGGCCAGACUAGUGGUUUCGCUAAAAAGUUGCUGGGGGUGACAUUUUGAUCGGGAGUGGCAGUGGGUUGGAGUGUUGGCAGAAAAUAAGGGUGGUGAGGGGGAUCUGAGACGGGGUCUUUGAAUGAACCAUAUCACUCACGAACUAUAACUAUAAACCAAGUUCAUAUACUUGGCUUAUUUUCUUGGCUUGCGGGAGAACAGUUGCCAGAUAAAAAAAAAAAUAUAUAUUUUUCCACUCUACACCAGUGGUUCUCCUCCUGUGGCUGGGACACUUUUGGGGGUCAAACGAUCCUUACAUAGGGGUUGCCUAAGACCAUCGGAAAACAAAUAUUUAUGAAAUAGCAGCAGAAUAAUUUUAUGAUUGGGGGUCACCACGACAUGAGGAACUGUACAAAAGGGUCACAGCAUAAGAAUGUUGAGAACCACUUCUCUAGACCGAUAUUUUGUGCACAUAUAGCACAGGGUGUAUACCCUGGUAGUUACAACGAGUUAAUUUAACAGUUAUUAUCUUUUCAAUUACAGCAUGGAGACCAUGCCAACGCCACCACCGAUUUUGCGUUUGGCCAACGCAAAUACAACUCAAGGCAAAAAUUACCCGGAUCCAGCGGUGAGGUCAUCACCAAAUACAUCUCAAGAAAAGCCAGACCCGAAACAAGCAGUUACGUCAUCGCCAAAUACACCUCAAAACAACACAUACCCGGAUCGUGCAGUGACGUCACGACCACAGUCAAACUUGACCUUAGAGACGAAUGGUGAAACAACAUCGCAGGUUAAAAUGUAUACCGUAGCAGCACACGCCUACGACAGCGACGAUGAUCAGGAUGAAGAAUCUGGCACUGUUGACGAGGAGGACGACCACGAAGACAAGGAACGCGAGGCUUUCAUAGAGGAGCACCUGAAAGAUUUCCCUUGUACCUUCAACAUCGGCAAAGCCAACUACAACAUCGAGAAGAGGGUGUUCGCCGUAGAAACCAUCAAGCAGAUGUCAUGCCGAGGCAUCGCGUGGGAGAGCAUCGUCGACGAUGCCAUCGUCAGUAGCAACGAUGACGCAUGGACUCCCCUUGAGUGGACGCAGAACCUCAGAACGCGUGCCUAUGUGGAGCUGGGCAGGCUGGAAGAAGCGCGAAAGUUGAUCGACGAGAUUCUUAACGAGACAGGCGGGCAGACGAUCACGGCCACGGCCAAUUUAGCUGUUUGGUAUUUCGUACAAGGGAACGUGAAAGACGCCCUGAAAGUGGUCAGACUACUUAACGAAUUGUCCAAGCUGAAAACGUUUCGCCAUCUGAAGGCGGACGCCAUCUGCGAGCAGGCGUAUUUAUAUUAUGAAAUCUCGGGAGCCGAGAACAACAUAUCUGGUAUUGAGAUUUUGAAAUUCGCUCUGAAUUAUUCGAUUAAGUACAAAACUGAGGUGACUUUUAUGAUGGGAUCAAUGCACAGAAGAUGUUUGCACUGGAAUAUUUAUUUGUUUGACAAAGAUCAAAUAGAUUUUGUUGAGUUUGCGAAAAAUGCGUGGGAGAUUUUGAGUAGUGUGAGAAAUAUGAAAGCGGUUAAAUCUAUCGUGAAGGCCAACACCUUAGUGGAGCUUGCUUUCCUCAAGAACGAUGUUUCCGUCGUUGAAGAUGUUGAUACGGAGAGCUUAAAUUUUGACUUCUCCAUAGAGGCGCUGUGCGAGGAAGCUGUUGAACUAGCACCAGCCUCAGCGAACGUUACAGCAAUAGUUGGUCAACUGGUUAAGCAUAUACCUCGGCUAAAAAGCUGGGCAAAGCAUCUUUUAGAGGUGUCCUUAGAAAUAAAGCCCUCAGGAAGGGCACACCAUCAUUUGGGAUUGAUUCUUCUGAAGGAGGCUAACCAGUUUGAAAAAGAGAACUUUUCAAAAUUAUCUCCCAAAGAGAAGCAAAGCAGAGACGGUAAACGCUCAGAUUCCUGUGAUACUCAAUGCGUCUCUUAUAAUCACAACCAAAAAAGAAUCCAGCGCUGUGAUACUUUUGAAUGGGUCUUGGACAGUUGUCUUGCCGAAGGUAAAAGAAUACCCGUUUUUAGCACCCACAAUCCCUUUAUUCAAGAUGCUGCAGAAAAUCUUUACACUUAUUUCAACCUAGCCUCCUUAAGGAGAAAUCAACCAACCUUCGCUAGAUUGGGAUACGCCUAUCUACGAUGUCGCCAGUACAACCUGGCUUUGAGUAUUUACAGUCGUUUCACUUAUUAUGGUCCAAACGAGAUACCGAAGUUAAUUCUGGCUUACUGUCUCAAAAUGGCCGCUGUUUGUUUCCUGCUCAACGCAGAGAUGGCCGAAAGCGAGGAGAAGCGAUCGAAAAGAAGAAAAGCAGCCAAAUCGCUGCUAGUCAGCUCUGUGAUUUUUGCGGAGGAGAUUUCCAAGGAAGAGGUAUCAAAAAUGGAGUUGCAAAUGUUCUGGAAAGUCAUAAAAAACCUACCGAAGUAUCACUUGGUGCCUCCUCCAUUAUUUCCAAAGCUUUAAAAGUAUAAACAUUUCACGUGGCCUUCAAAAAACUGUUAUCUUUAACAUUUCAAACAGUUUAUGAUGAUAUGUAUAUAUAUUUAAAGUGAUGAAGGGUUGCCAAUUCCUCAGCCUCACUCUCACGUCCCUGCUAAUUUGAUCCAAUGGCAAGACUUAGCCGAGAUGACUUGAAAUUGACCAGGAUGCAGUAGAUGACCAGCACAGUGUGCGUGUCUCACUCUGCUGUUUAAGCGUAAUCCGUUGCGAAUUUCAUUGUGUUUUUUUCAUACCGCCAACGUGACUCCAUCUCCGGGUUUAAUUUCAGAUUUUUCCAUCUCUCAGAUGAGUUGUCAUCAAAGUUUAACGAGUACCAUCCACCCCCAUAAAGCUUGUGCUGAGCUUAAGUCCACUAGCAUGGGUUCGACCAAGUUUAGGCUAUGCGGCACCCAGCACCUUUAACAUCAAGACUUGACCGGCCAGUGCUUUCAAUAACAUAUUAUUUAAGUAAGAUUCCAGCAUCAAGCGUGCUUCGCUAACUACAUCUGUUACCAAAUAAAGUCAUCGAGAC